AUGGCAAACAAUGAAUCCAAGAACUGGACUUUAAGCUUUUCAUUCCCCUUCAAUAUCCCAUCCUCUCCAGAAUCAGCAGCAGUUAGGAUAAUCAGAAACCUGGGAAAGUUGAGUCUGUACUAUGCAAUAUUUGUAUGGACAGUUCUGUUCAUCACCCUCAUCCCAAAACGCAAAGACUCAGUCGUAUGUUUGGUCAUUACGACAGAGAUUACAUUUCUCUACUUUCUUCUGCUGCGUUCCUUUCCUGAUUCUCUCCUUCUUCACAAGAUAAUCGACAAACGGUUUGUGUUGUUCCUUCUGUUUGUCAUCACAGCCGUCCUGUUGAUCCUGACACACGCUGCAGUUCAUUUCUUCAUGGUUCUUGCUGCGACUUUGCCCAUCGUGCUGCUUCAUGCUGUGCUGAGCAGAGUAGAGGAUGUGAUUGUGCAUGAGCAGGCCGGAGAGAUGGCUCGCCUCGUGCAAGAAAGACUUGCCGAUGCUGCCCGGCCUGAGAGCUUGGUCUGA